AUGUCAGCGCCGCUCAUCGUGUUGAACAACGGACGUACGUGUCCCGUCCUUGGACUGGGGACUUGGAAGUCCAAGCCUGGAGAGGUGACAGAAGCUGUGAAGGCGGCGAUUGACGUUGGCUACAGACACAUAGACUGCGCUUACAUAUACCUGAAUGAGAAGGAGGUUGGGGAGGCUCUUAAGAAGAAACUAGAAGAUGGAGUUAUAAAACGUGAAGAUAUUUUCAUCACGUCAAAGCUAUGGUGUACUUAUCACCGUCCCGACCUGGUCGAGGGUGCUAUCAAGAGGACCCUCGAAGACUUGGGUCUGGAGUACUUGGACCUGUACCUCAUACACUGGCCGCAAGCCUUUAAGGAAGGUGAAGAGUUAUUCCCGAAGGAUGACGAAGGGAAGAUGAUUCCGUCACCAGCAGACUACGUGGAGACCUGGAAAGCUAUGGAGGCCCUGGUCGAUAAAGGAUUGACCAAGAGCAUCGGACUAUCAAACUUCAACAAGCGACAGAUCGACCGGGUCAUGGAAGUGGCGAGAAUCAAACCUGCUAUGUUACAGAUCGAAGUCCAUCCAUAUUUAAACCAGUCCAAGCUGAUAGAUCACUGCUCGUCCCUCGGCAUCACGGUGACCGCGUACUCCCCGCUCGGCUCUCCUGACAGACCCUGGGCCAAACCUGACGACCCUCAGCUCUUGGAGGACCAGAGGCUCAAGAAUAUCGCUGGUCGAUACAAUAAAACGCCUGCUCAAGUACUCAUUAGGUACGCCAUCGACCGAGGCCUGGUAGUGAUCCCCAAGUCUGUGACGAAGAGUCGUAUCGAACAGAACUUCCAGGUGUUGGAUUUCCAGCUGUCACCCGAAGAUAUUGAGCUCAUCGCGACGUUUGAGUGUAACGGACGCUUCUGUUCUAUGGGAGAGUGA